AGAUUAUUGAUUUGUUAUUUAUGUCAAAUGGAUCAAUUCAUUAUGAUAUAUGUUUUGUGUUGCUGCUACAGCUGGAGAUUGGCUUCAGGGACCUUAUGUGUAUUACCUGUACAGCACUUAUGGUUUUGGUAAACGAGAUAUUGGUCAGCUUUUCAUAGCUGGUUUCGGCUCGUCUAUGCUAUUUGGAACCAUUGUUGGAUCUCUUGCUGACAAACAGGAUCGAAAGAGGGCAUGUGUUACAUACUGUAUAGUUUACAUACUUAGCUGCAUCACCAAGCAUUCUCCACAGUACAGAGUUUUGAUGGUCGGUCGUAUCUUGGGUGGUAUUGCUACUUCUCUCUUGAAUUCUGCCUUCGAAUCUUGGCUCAUUGCUGAGCACAACAAGGUUAGUCUUUCUCUUAUUUUUUUUCUACUUAUGAACCAUGAGUCUAGCUGGGUGUUCGAGAUCUAUGUUUCUUAGAUGCUUGUUAGUGGUUAGAUAGAACAUAGUCUAACUCAAAGCAAUGUCUCGCUGUAAAAACAAUAGCAAUAUUAUAAACAUGAAAAGCAGUACUUUGAAAAUUGUAUUUUUGACAAUUUUCUUAGUAAUA